ACCGACGCGAAUCACCGAAUGCCUUCCGGUUUUGGGUCGACUAUUUCGACCUGGCUCGUGACCAUUUACAGGCCAGUUAUAUUAUCGUUUCUAUACGUGCUAUUAUUAUUUACCAACAGUUUCUUUAGCCACGCGAUAUUCCAACUUUGUUCUCCGAGCACGCGAGCUAAUUUUACGUCGAUCCGGAGUCGAUUUACUCUUCCGAAAGUCCUUCCAGAACUUCGAGCAGUUUUAUUUAAACGGAUACUCCUCGCCGCUCUCCUCCGGACAAACGAUGCCAGGCUUGUCAGCCUCCAGCGUUUGAAGGCUCGGACUUCUACAGAAUUCGAAGAUGCGGAUGAAGAGCGUCAAUCGUGGAGAGACCGAGACUCCUCCGAAACGAUCCUUCGGAGUCACGAUAUCGGAUGAAGAAAAUUCCUACAAAUCGGUGCCAGCCCCGAAGCCGGUGCCGAAUAAUCAGCGGAACAAUUGUCAACGCAACAACGAAUCUUCCUCGGGAAGAGCGCAGCCGAUAGGGGACUCGAUUGUUUAUGCAAAUAGCACGAGACACGGGCAACUCGAGUACGAGGAUAGAACACACGAUUCUGGCCUGAGUGCAACCGGUCCGGAGUACAGAAUGCCACCUCUAUACGGGGAGGAACAGACUUCGAAUCAGAAUCAAUCAACCACACAUCUGCAAACUCACAGCAACAAGUUUCCGAUCGAGCGCGAGGUGGUUCUGUCGUCGACUGAUAAGAAUUCAAAAAUCCCGAUUCUGCACGAGUACAAACAGCGUGGAGCGGGAAGAGUGGCGAUCGCACCGGAUGCACCGAUCAAGCAGCAGGCCUGGGUCCAAGAGGGAAAUCAGAUGCAAGAUCAGCGACACGAGACAAACUCGCGAAAUUUUCAGUCCCAGGAAACGUACUCAUCAAGUUCCACAGGAGCUGUACCAAGAACUGGGAAAAACGAUGAGGAAAAGACAAAAUCUUUGUCGAGAACGUACCACACGAUCAAGGACAUGAUCUCGAGUCGUUUCGGCCCUGGCAGAAAAGACGUCGAUCCAGAACCGGAAGUAAGUCUGAACAAUGUUACGGAGGAGCUCAGGAAAUCGAGUCGAAGCAUAAACGAGGAAGAGGCGAAGAAGAAAGAGAGCAUUUACGGGAAGCCACGUGCCCAGGACCCGCCCGUAAUUAACAUGCAACAAUAUUCGAAAAAUAGUUAUGGUCAGUACGGGCAGGCCUACGGUUACCAGAGUCCCCAGCAGAACGUCCCUUUGCCCGGCCAGCUUCAAACGUCUUCGCAAGCUCUUCAGCCAAGUUUGCCCGGCCAGAGUGCUCAGCUCCACGUAACUCACAUUACACCACCCGGUGGAGUGCAGACAGUUCAUCAAACGCAAGUGACAAACUUUGGCCAAUCGGGGCCAGGUGGGCAGCAGAUGCAAUCGACGAAUCGGGAAUACCUCGUGCAGGCUUCCGGAGGCAUAGGCUCGCAAUCGAUGCACCAAAACAUGCAUCAAUCCGCGGUGACGAACCAAAGCCAAAAUCCACCUGUGAACAAGCACGGGCUGCCCAUGCAGCCGGCCAACCUGCCGCCACCGAACAGCCUCCAGCAGACCAACAGCCAGUCUUAUCAGAGUCCCCAGCAGCUCAUUCACCAGAAUCAAAUGCACCAGAGUCCGAGAUUUUCACAGCAGCACGUUCAAAACAUGCACCAGCGACAGCUCAUCCAGCAAAUGCAGCAGCAGCAGCAGCAGCUCGGGGUGGGUCAGCAGAGCCCCCAAACCGCCAUGAGAACGAAUCAGCAGCAGUCGCAUUUUCCUAUUGGAGUUACCUACCAGCAGUAUCAACAAGCGAGGCAACCCAUCUCGAGAUCUCAGAUCGACCUGCCGAGCACGUCGAGACAGAAUCUCGACGUGAGAAUCGGCGGCCAGGAGAUUUACUAUCAUUACACUCAAAACAGAUCGAGGUACGCGGGGGGGCCUCAGGUUUACAUGAAAACUGACGCCAACAACCAGGAGAGCGAGUUCCAGCGGCGCAACUCUGCCAAGUGCAUCGAGAAGGCCGCGUCCCAGCCUCAGCUGUGUUACGACGACGAGAAAAAUGGCGACUCGCGGAGGACGCUCGAGAACGAGGACGUGUUGAAGAACAUCCAAGUCGACUCGAUGUCCAAGGAACGCUACGAGAUCACCGUCGAGGAGAGGCCCCCUGAGUUCGGCAGGAAAGGCUCCCAGAGCCAGCACAACGAGGAUGUCAGGCCUGAGACGAGCUUCGGCAUUCGGCGAGACGAAGCGAGGUCCUCGAAGCGGGAUCUUUCCGCCGGGGAAUACAUCCAGGCCGAGGGAGCCCCGGAGACGAAGGAUCUCAACGGGGUCCAGAGGAAGAUCGAGGAAAUACAGAAACGAAACGACCACGAGUCGAGUUACGGGCAGAAGAUCGCGAAGGAAAGCAACGAACUCGACAACUCCAGAGUCCUCGGACAAAAAAACCUCGGACAGGUGAACGAGGCGGCCAAGAAGAUCGAGGAGAGCGCGAGGAGAUUGGAGAACACUGCUUUCCAGGAGAGAAAUGGCCCCGCGAAGAUUGACACGAGGAAAGAUGAUUUGGAGCACGGAAUGUCGAGGCUGAAACUCCAGAAUCAGGGCUCCGGGUCCGACUAUGACAAGGCGGGCCAAAGCUCCUCGAACGUCGAUUCCGGGAGGGGCUCCGCUGUUUAUUCCAGCGGAAGGAGACCCGCUCCGGAGGAUCAGAGUCACCCUCCAGGCCAAGAUUCGGAGUGGGUAGACAUCGUGGAAUCCGAGCUGAGAAGCAUUCUCGAGCCCAGGGACGUGCCAGCGAUGGCACACUCGACCCUUUCCGAGAGCGUUUCCUCGGUAACCCCACCUUUGCCUCCACUUUCACCCCACGGCAGUCCGAGAACUUCUAGAAAUCGAUAUUCAGCCAGCUUGCCCUACGGAUCCAAACCCAACUACAGCGAAUACGUUAAGAAUGGAGACAAAAGAAAUUUUCCAAAUGUUUCCAAACAUCGUGGGAGCUCUACGUCGAAAAAGGAUGCUGCCAAAAAAUUCUCUCACCUGUUCGGCGUCGAAGCUGGUGAUCUCACGUCGACAACGACCGGCCUUGACUUGGACUCGAUGCUCGAUCGCAGUGACUCCGAUUUGAGUACGAACGACGCGAGAACAAUUAGAAAGCAAUUGGAAGGAUUGGAGAAUAUGUACAGCGAGGUUUUAAAGUUACUUGGGGGCAGCGUGAAAAAGAGACGAAAGGCGAGGGGCCUGGCGAGCUACGGUUCCGUGUCCUCACUGCCAACGUCUUCGGUCUCUUCCCGGCCCGUUGCCAGACAUCAUGACAAGCGAAGGUCACACGUGAUCGACGAUCGAAUGAAGAAGGCGAAGGAUGUUAAGAGUAUCAACAAACGUUUUCAACGACUAGAAUCUCACGUGGUAACACUCGCUAGAUCAGUGGCUCAUCUCUCCUCGGAAAUGCGGACUCAGCAUCUGAUGAUUCAGGAAAUGGAGAAUAUCCGAGGGGAAAUAGCAGCUCUGAGAACCCAAACGAGCAUGGCAAUGGUGAGAUCGCAAUCUCAACCGUUGAUCAAAGAUUCGGAGCUUCCCGCACUUUCGAAUCCCUCGAGAGUUAAAAAGUUGACCAAGUUCUUUGGCACUGAACCACCGCUCAUACGACUUUUUCUGAGGGAACUUGGCUACGAGAAAUAUGCGACGGCAUUCGAGAAGGAAAAAGUUGGGAUGGUCGAGCUGCCUUACUUGAGUGAAGAGAGACUCCAAAAGAUGGGCGUUCCCCUUGGUCCCAGAUUGAGGAUUCUGCAAGAGGCGAGAAUAUCCGUUUGCAAAGAUCCAGUUUACGUCGUUUGA